AUGGAAGGAAAUCUACAGAGAUGGUGAGGAUUUUUCACAAGGUGGAGACAGUUUAAGUACAUACUGCAUGAGGGGAUUUUACAUGAGUAUAAUAUAAAGACUAAUGAGGAGCUAGGGGCUAUACAUUUGGCAGUGUGCACGAUUGAGGUCGUCCCGAAGAAGUCUCUGCAGUUUAAGAUUGAUAAUGGAGUCAGCAUUGUUUUUCUGAAGACUAAAAAUAUUAAAGAGAAUGUUGACUGGGUCAAUGCUCUGAAUGAAAGUAAAGGAGAAGUGCUUAAUAAGGAAGAAGAUGAGGAGAAUACUGAUACUAAAAUGAUUUCAGAGAAUAAUGAGAAGCUAAACGAGGUACUUGCUACUAAUAUUUUUAAUAAAUUUGAUCCACUUUAUCAAAAGAUUGGCAAAGUUUGGAGCACUCAAGCGCAAUUCGAAGAAGUCAUGAGUAUUAUUGAGCCUGAGCUCGAACGAACAGCAACUAUGAGAGAGAAUAAAGAUAAGAUAUUACAGCUGACAAAUGAGAUGAAGGAGUCAGUUGCUGAUAUACUUAAGGACCUUGAAGGGGCUAGAAAUGAGUUUGCAAAAGCAAUAGUAAAAUUUUCAGAAAAUGAUGACCCAUUUGAUAUUGAAAAUUCCGACGAAGAAGAUUUAAAAAGUGUUGCGUCAUUGAGAAGUGUUAGAAUUAAUCCAAAAGAGCAAUACAAAGAAGAGAAAGUAGAAGAAGUAAAAUAUGAAAUCAAGGAGGAAGAGAAGAAAAUUUAACCCGAAAGAGUUUACAGACACUAUGCCUGUCAGACAACAGCUUGAAGGUGUCAAAGAUCACACCAAAAAGUUCUCCAUCUGGGGCCUCAUCAGAGACAAUAUCGGCCAAGACCUCACUCGAGUCACACUCCCCAUCAUUCUGAAUGAGCCGUGAACCAUGCUCCAGAAGUUCUGUGAAAUGAUGGAAAACGCUCAGAUCCUCGAGAGAGCUGCUGAAGCCGACGACUCAGCAAUGAGAGCAGCACUGGUGCUUGUGUUCAAUGCAGCAAAAUACUCGUCAAUCCAGUUCAGGACUCUGAAGCCGUUCAAUCCGAUCUUAGGCGAAACCUACGAGUACUCUUGACCAGAUUUCAGGUUUCUGGCUGAACAAGUCAGUCACCACCCUCCAAUCACAGCCUGCCACACGUAUGGAAAAGGCUACGAGUUCUGGGACAACAGCCAGAUGAAGAGCAAGUUCUGGGGUAAAAGCCUUGAGUUCAUUCCUGAAUCCAACUUCUACUGUGUGUUCGGCGACGAGCACUACGUGUGCAAGAAGCCUUCGACGGUGGCCAACAAUCUGAUCUUUGGAACACUUUACUUGGACUGAGGCGGCGCUUCAGUGUGUCACUGUCCACAGACCGGAGUCAAGGGAGAACUGAAAUUCAAGUCAAAGGGCAUUUGGAACAGGACAUUGGGACAAGUGGAGGGAUAUGUCAGUGACUCAGCAGGAAACAAGUUAUUGAGGAUUGACGGACUCUGGACCGAGAGAAUAUCAAUAACUAACCUUGAAACAGAAGAAGAAACUGUUGUUUGGGAGAUUGAUGAAAAACCAGAUAACUUUGAAGAUCAACAUUCAUUUUCCAAAUUCUGUAUCAACUUAAAUAACCUUACUCCUAAACUUGAAGGAGAAAUUGCUCCAACUGAUUCAAGAUUCAGGACUGACCUUAGAGAAUUCGAAAGAGGGGAUAUUGACAAGGGAGCAGAAGAGAAGCAUCGUCUUGAAGAAAAACAAAGAGCAGCAAGGAAAGAUAGAAAAGAUAAUGGUGAAACUUGGUCCCCUCUAUGGUUUGAAGAAGUUAUUGAAGAGGAAACAGGAGACAAAUUCUUCAAAAUAAACGACAAAUACUGGCAAAAGAAGCAAGAAGGUGAUUGGAGUGAAUGCCCAGAUUUAUUCUAG